AUGAGCGGGCGCCGGGGCUGGGCGCUGGGGACGCGGGCGGCCCGGGCGUCAUCCAGGACCUGAGCGUCCUGCACCCGCCGCCGCCGCCCGCCCCCCACCCCCGCGACGUGCUGCUCGGCCGGACUGACGACCCCCGCGGCCCCGAGGAGCCCAAGCCGGACGCGAGCGUCAAGAAGGCCAAGAGGCCAAAGCCAGAAUCUCAGGGAAUCAAAGCCAAGAGGAAGCCGGGCGCAUCUUCCAAGCCGUCGCUGGCGGGAGACGGAGAAGGCGCCGUCCUGUCCCCAAGCCAGAAACCUCACAUCUGCGACCACUGCAGCGCUGCUUUCCGCAGCUCCUACCACCUGCGGAGGCACGUCCUCAUCCACACCGGAGAGCGGCCCUUCCAGUGCAGCCAGUGCAGCAUGGGCUUCAUCCAGAAGUACCUGCUGCAGAGGCACGAGAAGAUCCACAGCCGGGAGAAGCCCUUCGGGUGCGAUCAGUGCAGCAUGAAGUUCAUCCAGAAGUACCAUAUGGAGAGACACAAGCGGACGCACAGUGGAGAAAAGCCAUACAAAUGUGACACUUGCCAGCAGUAUUUCUCAAGGACUGAUAGACUGUUGAAGCACAGGCGCACGUGCGGCGAAGCCCUGGCGAAGGGGGCGCCCAGUGCAGAGCCUGGGUCGUCCAGCAACCAUAGCGCCGUGGGUAACCUGGCUGUGUUGUCUCAGGGAAGUACAAGUUCUUCAAGGAGAAAAGCGAAGUCGAGAAGCAUAGCUGUUGAGAACAAGGAGCCCAAGACUGGGAAAGCAAAUGAAUCCCAUAUGUCAAACAGCAUAAACAUGCAGAGUUACUCAGUAGAAAUGCCUACUGUGUCUUCCAGUGGGGGCAUCAUCGGCACUGGCAUAGAGGAACUCCAGAAGAGGGUGCCAAAAUUGAUCUUUAAGAAAGGAAGCCGGAAGAGCAUGGAUAAAAACUACCUGAACUUUGUGUCACCGUUACCAGACAUCGUUGGACAGAAGUCCCUGUCUGGGAAACCGAGUGGCUCCCUUGGCAUCGUGUCAAACAGUAGUGUGGAGACCAUUAGUCUUCUCCAAAGUACAAGUGGCAAACAAGGUCAAAUAAGCAGUAAUUAUGAUGAUGCCAUGCAGUUCUCAAAGAAAAGAAGAUACCUACCCACCGCCAGCAGCAACAGUGCCUUUUCUGUGAACGUGGGACACAUGGUCUCCCAGCAGUCCGUCAUUCAGUCGGCGGGCGUCGGUGUUUUGGACAGUGAAGCCCCGUUGUCCCUUAUUGACUCCUCGGCCCUGAAUGCGGAAAUUAAGUCUUGUCACGACAAGUCGGGAAUUCCUGACGAGGUUUUACAAAGUAUUUUGGAUCAGUACUCCAACAAGUCAGAGAGCCAGAAGGAGGAUCCUUUCAACAUAACAGAACCACGAGUGGAUCUGCACGCCUCAGGAGAACACUCAGAACUGGUUCAAGAAGAAAAUUUGAGCCCGGGCACCCAGACUGCUUCAAAUGACAAGGCGAGCAUGUUGCAAGAAUACUCCAAAUACCUCCAACAGGCUUUCGAAAAAUCCACGAAUGCAGGUUUUACUCUGGGACACGGUUUCCAAUUUGUCAGUCUGUCUUCACCUCUCCACAACCACACUUUAUUUCCAGAAAAACAGAUAUACACUACAUCUCCUUUGGAGUGUGGUUUCGGCCAGUCUGUUACCUCAGUGUUGCCAUCUUCGUUGCCAAAGCCUCCUUUUGGGAUGUUGUUUGGGUCUCAGCCAGGUCUUUAUUUGUCUGCUUUGGAUGCGACACAUCAGCAGUUGACACCUUCCCAGGAGCUGGAUGACCUGAUAGAUUCUCAGAAGAAUCUAGAGACUUCAUCAGCCUUCCAGUCCUCAUCUCAGAAACUGACUAGCCAGAAGGAACAACAGAAAAACUUAGAGUCCUCAACGAGCUUUCAGAUCCCAUCUCAGGAGUUAGCUGGCCAGAUGGAUCCUCAGAAGGACGUAGAGCCCAGAACAACGUACCAGAUUGAGAACUUUGCACAAGCGUUCGGUUCUCAGUUCAAGUCGGGCAGCAGGGUGCCAAUGACCUUUAUCACGAACUCUAAUGGAGAAGUGGACCAUAGAGCAAGGACUUCAGUGUCAGAUUUCUCAGGGUAUACAAACAUGAUGUCUGAUGUUAGUGAGCCAUGUAGUACCAGAGGAAAGACCCCCACCAGCCAGAGUUACAGGUAAGGUCCCAAGAGUGACCAGGCUGGAGGUCUUCUAAUGUAAUUUUGUUUUAUUUUGAGAACACUGCCAUUGGAAUGUUUCUACACGAUCCUAUUAAGAAUAAUGUAAUGCCCUUUCAAUGCAACUUUUCAUAUUUAGUUUAUUUUGUUAGUGUGAUUUUAGCUCUGUUUGUAUUAUGAUUUUUAAUCAAAAUCAAUAGAUUAAAAUAGUUUGACAUUCGAAGUGACAAUGUUUAGCAAUCAAAUUUACAUGUAUAGGUCGUCAGGGAAUAGCCCAAAAGUUUUAAAUGCAAAAAAAAAACAAAAAAACAAAAAAAAAAA